AUGAGGGAGAGCAGGUGGACGAGUGCUCCAUCUUUUAUAGCGGAUGCCGGGAUUGAUCACAGGUCGAAUGUCAGCGCUCGCCAUCUGGUCGAAGUAGCACAGCGACUUGCUCUCCACCACUGUACAACUCGACUGUUUGGAAUCGAGUGCGGUUGGACAGGGAUUUUGUCCGUGUCUACAAUCAAGCCGGACACAAGCGAGUCGUCGUCGAAUGGGAAAGCAACCAGUGCGAGUCAUACCGUCGAAUAUCCUGAUCCGAGAUCUUGUCAAGUCUUGUUUGCCUCCAUCUCCUCGGGAGAAUGGGUCACCGAGCAGACUAUCCUAUCUACUACGCUCAAGCUUGCAGCAGAGGCUCAAGCAGAGGCGACCAAGAUUGCAGCGUUGGCUGAAGCCGAUGCUAUCCGCUCUCGUGGUGAGGCGGACGGUAAUAUCAAGGAUGACUUUGCCCGCCAGAUGGGCGUGUCUAGGAUGGAAGUCAGGCGUGUCGAGGCGUUUGGUAACCGUACCGUCUUUGUGCCCACAGAGACGAAUGGUAAUGGCGGUAUCGGAUCGGCCAUGGCCCUCGGCUUGGGCAUGUCGCAAGGCAUGAAAGCCAACUAG